UUCAGUUGUGGGCAUGGUCCGGGGAUUUGGUGUUGGCGGCCUAGCGCCUGUGCCGGUCGGCAUGGUCCAUGGACAAAUGAACACCGCGCGGCAGGGGCAGCAGCCUGGCCCAAUGAUGUACCCGAUGGCACCGACCAACGCCAUGUUCCCAGUGAUGGGCAACGACAUGGGGUUCGUCCCCAAUGGGUACGCAGGGAUGGACGUUGUGACGCCGGCACCACCUCCUCUAGGUGGGGUAGGUAUCAUGAGCCCCGGGUCGUCAGACGGGAGGAGUGCCAUGACACAGGCUGACAUGAUGAACUGCAUGGGCGACAGAGCGAUGAUGGAAAACUGCGAUGCCCCGGAGGAUCAGUCCUGCAAGAGGAGCAUCGAGCGUCGCCACUGCCGUAUGAUCAAGAAUCGUGAGUCUGCACGAUCGUGUGCCAGGAAAUAGGCUUAUACUGUGGAGCUUGAAGCUGAACUGAACCACCUCCAGGAGGAGAAAGCUCGUCUGAAAGCUGAGGAGAAGACGAUCCCAUUGACCAAGAAAAAAACGUUUCUCAAUGUGUGCGUGCUGAUGAAACCACCUUGUGUUCGUGAUCUUUUUUUCUUACAGCUGGUGGAGAAGAUGAUGGAACAGUCCAAGGAGAACGUGAACUCCAAGAAAGGUGGUGUCCUAUCGUGGCGCAACAGAAGCUGCAUCUGGUGA